GGGGGGGCUGCACAUCAGGACAAAACUUAACACUUUAAUUAUUGCACGAUUCAAUUGAAUUGAAUAGAGUUUGUAUGAUUACCUGUACUAUAUUUCAUAAGCUUUUUGGCAAUCCCUUUGAGAUGGUCUCAGGGGAGCUGCAUUAUUACAACGCUUGGGACAGGAUAUAGAGUCAUAUUCCACAGGAGAUGCUAGUCAGAGCAGGAGAAUUCCUUUUUCUUUCCAGCUGCUGCUCAGCUGGAAUCGUACGGAAGUUGCCUUGUUUCUUAAUCUCUUCAAUGCUAGAUUGGAAGAGAGGAUGUUUUUCUCUUAAAAUCCCACCAAUUGCUGACUCAGUUCUGUGGUGUAAAAGUCUUUUACUGAUGCUGUUGCUUGAAGUGAAACCUAUCUAUGGAGUAUGCAACAAAACAAAACAAUAUAUGAACUACUUUAUAAAAAAAAAAAUAUUAUGUUCAUAGCCAUGGAGUUGGGGUUGAACUAUCACACCAAGACACAUUUGUUCUUGGUUUUGAGCCAGGCACUGAGGAUUAUUGUAUGCUGUGUCACCAGAACAGCUAAAAUGAAUCAUUUCUUGUCACUGUCCAAAUUAUGCCUGGAGGAGCAGUGGCCUGUAGUAUAUGUUUGAUCUGCACGGCAAAGACUUUCAGAAAGCAACAGGAAGUGGCUCUGUAGAAAGGAGAGGGGGGGGGACAAGAUACUAGGAUUCUGCAGUCUUUGCAUUUGAGCCCUCAACUCUCCCUUUGUCACUCUAGGACUGAGAAAUAGGCAAAGGAAGUUUAUGGGCUUAUGACAAACCAUUUUCCCUGCCAGACCAGAGAAGACCCUCAAAUGUGUCCUAUUCACUAUGAAGAAACUACCCAGCCUAGCUUUUAUCUCUCUCCUUCCCCUUGUGUCCCUUCUUUCCUUUGGCCUAUCUUUUUUGAGCACUUAGAAGGGAUGUGCUCCUCCUGGCCACUUCAUCUGGUCACUCUGGACCUACAGAUUUCUCACAAGAAAGGCCAGUUGACCUUAUUUUGGCCUAUGCAAACAUGUCGUCUUUUCUCCUGUGCAGGAGAAAAAUUGGAGAGACCUCUCUCUCUCUUGCUCUGGGAUUUCUAAAGCUCAUUAACUCCCAGAUGAACUUCACCUUUACUAACACCUCCGCUGGUCCAGUCUUCCCCUCUGCCGCCAAUGGCCUUAUCGCCUGCCUUUUCCUCCCCAAAUGGCUGCUUUAUAUAAUUCCUGCAGGCUCUCACACACCCUUUGUGUCAUCUUCUGCCGGGUGGGGCAACUCACCCACUGCAACAAGCUGCUGCUUGUAUGGCCGGGGAUGGGCUUGGAACGUGCAGAUGUUGCUGAAAAGCUCUGCCUCGGGGCUGGGGACCUGCCAAGACGAGACGGGGCAAGGGCUUGCGCGUGCGGCUCUGGCUCCCAACUCCACCCCUGAGCUGAGGCAGAUUGGUGCCCCUCGCCUAACAAGGUGUCUCGGCUCUAGAGCUGGAAGGAGAUUCUUAGCAUGUAGUCGGUCCUGGAAAUCCCUGAUGUGUGGGACUCCUUAGGCACUAGAAUAUGUGGACCAGCUGUGCAUGAAGGAGUCGAGCGAGGUGCUGCGAGGCCAGAUGCAGUGCAUGAUGCGGACCCUCCACGAUCUCAAGAGGGCUCAUGACCGAGAGCUGCGACUGGAACCCCAGGAGAUACGGCUACCUUCUGCUCUGCCUUCCUCAAAGUCCUGUAUCAGCCCACGGAUAUCAGCCAUCUCAGAAGCAGAUUCUGCCUGUUGCUUGGAGGGGGCUGUGGAAGAGGAGGUUGCUUUCUCCCCACCCAGCAGUGAACGAAGUCUGGAGUUCGAUUCGGGCUAUUCAGAAGUAUCUGGGAACAGUUGGCGGGACGAGGAAGGCCCUCCUCCCCUGAGAGCCAGUAAGCUUUCCUCGGGGGGCUUCCUGCGCCGUCGGGUGCCGGCCAGGAGGCCCCGGCCAAAAUCGGCUUCAGAUGCCUGCCUGGAGCGGUGGCGGGAUGGCGAGCCCUCAGAGGCAGGGGACUGGACUGUGUCCCUCUUGUCCCAGAGUCGUAACCGGCAACCCCUUGUGCUGGGGGACAACUGCUUUGCUGACUUAGUGGAGAACUGGAUGGACUUGCCUGAAGAAAGCAGGGAACGGGGGUGGCUGCAGCGUUGGCUGGCCAAGCCCCACGGCUUCUUGCUUAACCUCUCAGGCAAUGUUCGCCGGAGGCUGGCUGGCAUCUCCCGCACGGAGCGCACCAAGCAGGACCGGGACAGCACCAAGCGUUUCUCUUGCCCUGCUGGUCUUGGUGUGCGCCCUUCGUUACCGUACUUCCACCAGUCCCACGCCAACAUCAGCGAGCUUUCUACAGACUGUAGCAGCUUUGCUGCCCUAAUGAACUGCCGAAGUCGGCAGCCCAUCAUUUGCAACGAUGUGAUUGGCUACAUCUAGCUUGGCUUUUUUUUUAUGCUUGUUUAUAAAUAAAUGCUUUUUCUAUGUCAUA